AGUGACCGCCUGACCGGAGGACACCUACAAAAUUACAGGGGAACACGAACGAACGGAGAGACUAACUUAUGAAUGACAUCUACAAAUUCAGAAAACUUCAUCAAUAUUAUAAAUACAGAAACUUCCUGGGGCCUAGGACACGCAUAUCAAACGAGAGAGAGAGAGAAAGAGAAAGAGAAAGAGAGGAAGCGAGAGUAUUUUUCUGGAAGCACAUAUGAGCCCCGGAAAAUACUGAGGACGGUUCAAGAUCCGAUGACUUUCAUGGCCAUUCUCUGAAAAAGAAGAACGAAUUAUCAAGAACAGCUCCACCCAUCCUAAUUCUCGCCCGAAAUGAACAUUGAAUGGUGCAGAAGUACCUCGUAGACACACAAAACGUACAUACAGAACAGUUACGCGGUUUAUCCUACGCAGCGUCUUUCCUGUCCUUAUUACCCUUUCCUUGAUAGAUCCCAUUGACAACGAGCAGGAGUCCAGAGAUCUAGUUUUUUUUUUCCUUUCCACUUGGGCAGUUGGGUACCAACCCAAGGAAGUAUAACAAUGUCUUCUCCAAGCAAGAGAAGAGAGAUGGAUGUAAUGAAAUUGAUGAUGAGUGAUUAUGCUGUUGAGACGAUCAACGAUGGGAUUGGUGAAUUCAACGUCGAGUUUCGUGGCCCUAAAGAUAGUCCCUAUGAAGGUGGAUUUUGGAAGGUCCAUGUGGAGCUUCCUGAGGCAUACCCAUACAAGUCACCAUCAAUUGGAUUCUUGAACAAAAUUUUCCAUCCAAACGUUGAUGAGCUGUCUGGUUCCGUAUGCUUGGAUGUCAUCAAUCAAACCUGGAGCCCGAUGUUUGACUUGCUUAAUGUGUUUGAAGUCUUUCUACCUCAGCUGUUGCUCUACCCAAAUCCUACAGAUCCAUUAAAUAGUGAUGCUGCAUCACUGAUGAUGCGGGACAAGCAACAAUUUGAGCAGAAAAGUAUUGUGAGCGAUAUGCAAAGAAGGAACACAUCACCAAAGUUGUUGAGGAAAGCAGUGACGAUGAUGAUGAGGCGACUGAUGGAAGUAAUGGUGCAUCAAGUGAUGAUGAAAUUGCUGGCCAUGCUGACCCAUGAGGAUCCCUGCGAUAGAAUAUUCUACAUGAUCCUUCUUCACUCUGAAUCCUGUCCCCUAGUAGUCACUUGUCCUUCGUUCAUUUAGUAGCUUCCUUUGGAUUUCCUGAUUUUGGGGAAAAACAGCAAGCUAGAAGAAGGCAAGGAAAUCUCGGCUGUGAUUUAGAUCUUGGUUCAAAGGUACAAAAGAAUGAUGGCGAUCUUUGAGGGGUUUAGAUAUUCAACUCUUUCGGAUAUCUUUGCUUCUCACAAGUUGAGUAACAUUUUUAUUGAUGGCUUGAAAUGUAUGUGUAGCCACGUCUUAGAUGGGGUUCUCUGGUCCAGAGUUCCUGUGUUUCCCAUUUGACUGGCAAAUUUGAUCUAUGGCAGAAUUUUGUUUCCACCA